UUUUAAUAAAAAAAAAAAAGUUAAGGAUCAUGGUUAAGGACCUAACCAAUGGGGAUGGUCUUAGCUUCUGAUCUCACUGGUCUUUGUUCGAUUGAAUCAAUCCAAGUUUCGUAAGUGGUGAUGGUAGGUAAUCGGAGCAGCAGCGCAUGUAACCAUCGGCAGUUGUCGAAAGCUUGUAUAGUCACAUACCUCCCUCAUCGUCUCUUCUCAGUGUCGCCAGUGGUUUGGGGCUAUCUCUGUUUCUAAUUCGUAUAUAUGUUAUGGAGGUUAAGAGGACUCUUCAAGCUUUAUGGGCACUUGGGUUUCUUGGUUCUUUGGCUACUUGUGCAGCCCUUGCUAGACCAGCCGGUGAUAACUUGGUUCAUUAUGUCGUUGAUCAUCCAUCUGCUGUUUGGUUUGUUGGUCCCCUUUUUCAAAGAAGGUAAAUAUCUUGCUUCUGCAUAAGGCUUCAGAUAAUGAUUUAUUGUUCUUAAUCAAUGAGCAUAUAUGAUUUAUGUUUGUGGUCUACGAAAUUAGUGUAUUUUUAGAUGUGUUAUGUAAUGUUGAACAACAUCACUAGAUUUGUUUUGUGUGUCUCAUGUUAGAGGAUUUUUGGCUUCGGUUUGUUUGUUUCUUUCUUCUGAAACACUUUUGUGUCAAGUCUUUAAUCUUCUCUGUCUCUCUAAUGUUAUGAAGAAGGAGAGUUCAAAGAUUGUGGUUAUAUAAUGUUUUAGCAUUACGAGUGGUUAACAAGAGUUAGUUAAUGUGUUAUAAAUUCUGUUGCACGGAUGAGAGUCUGAUAAAAUGGAAUUCAAAUCAGAGAAACCAGGUUCAGUUUUUCCUCUCAAUAUUGCAUCAAAUCUUUUUUAGUUUGUUUUGGAUAGCAAAUCUUUGAUUGUUAGUCUCGAGACUAACAUGAUUUUGUGGAUCGUGGUAACAUAACCACAAAGUUGUCUAUUUUAUGAUUUGAACAUUCUACACAGUCAUCCUCAUCAGUGGCAAAUUAACCAGGUUUGUGUAUCAAAGAGUAGGCCAUGUUCUGAGUAUCUUCAAGAAGAGGAUGAUGUUUUUUUGUAUAGUUUUUGUCUUUGAUAUGUUUUCAAAUGAAUCUUGUAUACUUUGUCAUAUUUAUUGUCAUGAAUCUUUGUUAUUC